AUGACAAACCGCCGCCUUCUUAUCUUUCAAGAAACACCCCUCCAAUCCCCCACCAACCCACUCACUCCAACCCCAACAGCCCAUGGAAUUCAAUAUCAGCAGGGCCAUGCACAGUUCCAAUACAUCCCAGUCAACAAACUCGGUCUGCCCGUACACGGUCCGGGAUCAUUGCCUGAGGGUCUAGGAGUAGGGAGUCUAUUGAACCUGCCUUUGCGGGUGAUCACGGCUUUUACGGAGAUUUUUAAUGGCGUGAAGUAUAAGGGGUGGGCAAUUGUAGCGGCGGGGCCGUAUAACGACCCGACAUUGGGCGUGGGCUCGCCUGGCGGCGUUGGCGGGACGGGCAAGUUCUAUGCCGUUGUGUUAGAGCAGGUUUCGUCUCCAGAGGCCUCUGGCUCCGGAAAUAUUGGGGGUGCAUGA